ACAACGAGGAGCGGGCGGAUUGAAAGGAGACUCGGACGGCUCUGAUCAAACACUUGCAAAGCCGGGCUAUCUGUCUGCAAAUAUCCGGAAUUCCAUUGCAGUAUCGGAUUAGGUUGGCUCAUAAACACCAUGCUCAGGAGGUGACUUGGGAGCAAUCCGAGCCCCGAGUGUGGAGCUCCUAUCUGGAAAAGAGCCGUAAACCUGUGCGGGGCUAAAUUACCCCCCUAGGUGCUCCCCUUGAAGCUUUGUUUCCCCCUGUAGCUGCGUGUUGUGUAGACGCUGGCUAGUUUCAGUGUACGUGGGCGUGUUUGGGAAGAAGCUGCGAGCUGAUAGGAGGAAUAAUAAUGUAUUUGUGGCCUUGGACGUGAAGGAGUCAGUCUUCUGUGCUGCUAACAGCGUCAGGGACUGAUGUGGGAAGCAUGGACCUAAUGAACGGGCAGGCAAGCAGUGUGAAUGUUGCUGCUACUGCCUCUGAGAAAAGUAGCAGUUCUGAAUCAUUAAGUGACAAGGGUUCUGAAUUGAAGAAAAGCUUUGACGCCGUGGUAUUUGAUGUUCUUAAGGUUACACCGGAAGAAUAUGCGGGUCAGAUAACACUAAUGGAUGUUCCAGUAUUUAAAGCCAUUCAACCAGAUGAGCUUUCAAGUUGUGGAUGGAAUAAAAAAGAAAAAUACAGUUCUGCACCAAAUGCAGUUGCCUUCACAAGAAGAUUUAAUCAUGUAAGCUUUUGGGUUGUUAGAGAGAUUCUUCAUGCUCAAACAUUAAAAAUUAGAGCGGAAGUUUUGAGCCACUAUAUCAAAACUGCUAAGAAGCUGUACGAGCUGAAUAACCUUCAUGCACUGAUGGCAGUGGUUUCCGGCUUACAGAGUGCCCCAAUUUUCAGGUUGACCAAAACGUGGGCGUUAUUAAGUCGAAAAGACAAAACUACCUUUGAAAAAUUAGAAUACGUAAUGAGUAAAGAAGAUAACUACAAAAGGCUCCGAGACUAUAUCAGUAGCUUAAAGAUGACGCCUUGCAUCCCUUACUUAGGUAUCUAUUUGUCAGAUUUAACAUACAUUGAUUCAGCAUAUCCGUCAACUGGCAGCAUUCUAGAAAAUGAGCAAAGAUCCAACUUGAUGAAUAACAUCCUUCGAAUAAUUUCUGAUUUACAGCAGUCCUGUGAAUAUGAUAUCCCCAUGUUGCCUCAUGUCCAAAAAUACCUGAACUCUGUUCAGUAUAUAGAAGAACUACAAAAGUUUGUGGAAGAUGAUAAUUACAAGCUCUCGUUAAAGAUAGAACCAGGGACAAGCACACCACGUUCUGCCGCUUCUAGGGAAGACUUAGCAGGUCCUGAAGUAGGAGCAUCGCCACAAAGUGGCAGGAAAAGUGUGGCCGCAGAAGGAGCCUUGCUACCGCAGACGCCGCCAUCUCCACGGAACCUGAUUCCACAUGGACAUAGGAAGUGCCAUAGCUUGGGCUACAAUUUCAUUCAUAAAAUGAACACAGCAGAGUUUAAGAGUGCAACAUUCCCAAAUGCAGGGCCAAGGCAUCUAUUAGACGACAGCGUCAUGGAGCCCCAUGCACCAUCUCGAGGCCAAGCUGAGAGUUCUACUCUUUCUAGUGGAAUAUCAAUAGGUAGCAGUGAUGGUUCUGAACUAAGCGAAGAGACCUCAUGGCCUGCUUUUGAAAGGAACAGAUUAUACCAUUCUCUCGGCCCGGUGACACGAGUGGCACGAAAUGGCUAUCGAGGCCACAUGAAGGCCAGCAGUUCUGCAGAAUCAGAAGAUUUGGCAGUGCAUUUAUAUCCAGGAGCUGUUACUAUUCAAGGUGUUCUCAGGAGAAAAACUUUGUUAAAAGAAGGCAAAAAGCCUACAGUUGCAUCCUGGACAAAAUAUUGGGCGGCUUUGUGUGGGACACAGCUGUUUUACUAUGCUGCCAAAUCUCUAAAGGCUACAGAAAGAAAACAUUUCAAAUCAACAUCCAAUAAGAAUGUAUCUGUGGUAGGAUGGAUGGUGAUGAUGGCUGAUGACCCACAUCAUCCAGAUCUCUUCCUGCUGACGGACUCGGAGAAAGGAAACUCAUACAAGUUUCAAGCGGGCAGUAGGAUGAAUGCAACGCUGUGGUUUAAGCACCUGAGUGCCGCCUGCCAAAGUAACAAACAACAGGUUCCUACAAACUUGAUGACCUUUGAGUAAAGGCCUAAGAAAGAAGAGAGGGUGACUGCUGCUCCAAAGUGAAAUCAAGGACCUGAUGACAGAGCGCCAGCUGCAAGCCAGUCCUGUGCCAGAGCGCGCCCAGAGGUUCCGUCUCAGCCUUUGGAGCUCUGAACCCAAAAAGCACUAAUUUCAGGGAAUGAAGUGAGACAUUCCCAGAGAACACACCGGAGCUGCAAAACAAACUGCCAUGGACCAUGCUUCUUAUCUCUGAACUGACCUGUGGAAACCACUGCCUUAAAAGAAUGAAAGGAAAACCAACAUGAAACACCAAAUAGUGUGUGUGAAUCUUCUGGCGGUGCUGUGCUUGGACUAGAUCAUAGCUAAUUUGCAUUUCUUUUAACUUUGUACUAAUUUUGGAGGGGGGAGUCACCUUUUUUAGAUAUACUGUAAAAAGGAAAAACAUUUCUAAUGGGUUAUGUCAGGAGCUGGUUUUGCACCAAGGUGUAAAGAUCCCCUAAGUAGCAGGAUUCUACCAGCAGUCUACCUGAAAGGUUUGUUCAGCCUCCAUUAGUCUGCAGCCUCACUCGCUUUCUCACAGAGUGUAGGAAUUAGAAAUGUUAUAAUGUGAGUCGUUGGGGUUUGUUUGGGACUUCGGGAGGGUUUUUGUUUGGUUUUGGAUGAGGGAAGAUAUUUUUAAACGCUAAACUUCUGAAAUUUAGUACUGUAUGGGGAACAUUACUUCCUGCCGGAGGUAUAAAGGCCGAGUGUUCACAUGCCAGACACUUUUUUCAAGUGGGCUCCAGAAAACAUGGUUUUUUUAACUGGGUUUACGUGUAGCUUUCUAUAGUAAUUCAUUCUGUACCACAGAUCUGCCUCCUAGGGAACUGUAAGCCCAACCUAAACUUUUCUGAGAUUUUUACAGUAAUUAUACAUUUUUCAACUUAAUUGGAUUAUCCCUUCUACCAGCCACAGGUGAUUUUUAUCAUCAAGGUGAUAUAUUGCUAUUUCAUCAGGGCAUUUUCUUUUACAGUGUUAAUGUGCACAAUGCCAGUUUUUUUAAUUUUUCAUUUUCACUAUUUUUGUUCAAUAUGAGAUUCAGGAUCACAUUUGUUUAAAAGAGAUUCCACGUAUGUAUGUAUGUAUUUUCUUAGAAGGCAUACAAAAUCAUUUUAAAAGGAAAAAAGGUGAAAGAUUGAGAUUCCAGGAAUUUAAAGUAUCAAAGCUUUCCUUAUACAACUUUCCUUUAUUACAAAACUUUUUCUGAAAACUUACACAUAUAUACACAUACAUAUAUGCAUACAUACAUACAUACAUAUAUACAGAUAUUGGUCCCUACCAUGAAACUAUAUUUUGUGAGUAGUUGACUAACCAGUUUUGUAAGAGCUCCUCUAUGCAAUAAUGCAUUUAACAUCCAAGAUAAAUGUUGAAUUAUCAAAAGAAAAAGUUUGAAGAUGGGAUGCCUUAGAGUUUUAACAAAAACUGGCAUUUGAACAAAGGCUAUGUGUUGGAUGUUAUAAACCCAUGAGACGACAUAAGUUUUAGCAAUGGCCCAGAAUGAAUUGCUUUGUGAGUGAUAUCUGCUAAUAGGCUUCUAGUACUUCAGGCCUCACACAAAAUUUCUACCAUUUGGAUUCUUAGAAAAUGUUAUGCUUUUUUUUUCCGAUAAGUAUUUCACUCUUGAAACUUAAAUAGAAAAUAUUGCCCACAGAGUAAUUAGCUAAGAAUCUAUCCAAAGGGAAGUAAAACAGCUUUUUCUGAGUGCUAAGUUUUUAAAUUUAGUUUUCUGUUUCAAAGGCUAUUAAGAGUUCAAAUAUUUUUCUCAUGUAGCACAGUUAGAAAUACCAUUAUUUCUGGUUUUGUGGAAAAUGACACGGGCUGGAAAGGGCACCGUGUUGCCUAUGCUGAAUGAUUUUUCAAUUAAUGACCUCCCGAGCUUAGCCCACGUUGGGUACCGAGAAAGACACCAUCUGCGUAGCCAGCAGUAUUACUGUGUAGACCUUGCACAUCUUACUUUUGUUAUGCAUUUUUUUAAUUCUUUAAUUUGUUCCUUUCUCUUCAGAAAUAAGUGUUUUUAACAGUGUAUGUGCUUUUUAAAAAAUGUGGAUGAGAACCCUGUGGAUUUUUUAUUAUCAUUAUUUUGAUUGUCAUAAAUAAGCUAAAGUAGGUAUGUGAUCGGUUAACUGUAUCUGUGGAGAUAUGCAUCUGGAAGUCAGAGCCUGAAAUUACAGUUUUGCCAAAGAGGGAGCUAACCUGGAAGGUGUGUUUGAUCUUUUCAGUUCUAAACAUUAAUGGAAGCUGCACAGAGUAAGAAUAGUGUUCAAAUUUGGUAAAUAGUCCAUAUAUAGAAUUGUGGCCUUACACUGAAACUCUUAACAUAACUGCGUAGAAGUCACCAUUGUUUCUGUCUUCAAAUUCGUUCAUUCAAAAGAUUAGUCAUUGCUUUUUACAAUCAUUUUAUCAUUUGAAGCAAAUGGAAACCAGUGAGUGAAGUGGAUUAAAAUAGUGUAGGUGAAUUUUUGAUCUACAAUUCACCAAAUGAUAUCUAAUAAUAAUUCAAGCAAAGAAAAUAUGUCACUAAAAUAUAUUAAAUAUUUAGGUAGUUUAUUAGUGGGCUGAUGAAUUUAUUUCCCUUUUAUUAGGCCUGUCUUUAUAAAUUAGUAGAUUAGUGUCUCAAAAGCUUGAAAUUUCCAUCAAUAUUAAGCUCAUUUGUUUCUCUCCUAACCAAGAAGAAAUCUUAGACAUGCUAAUUUAAAUUUUAGCUGGUUUAUGAAUAGCGUAAUGACAGGCAUAUUAUACAGCUUGGUGGAAUAGUAUAUAAUACUAGCCAAAAUACAGUUUGAGACACUUCACAUUUAACAUUUUGUUUGAACAUGGAAGUUUAUUUUUCAUAUGGAAGUAACAUGUCAGUUUUAAAAUAUAACUAUAAAAAUAACUGCAUAAUGACUUUACAGAGCACUAUUUUUGGUUUCAUGUCCCCUCUGUGUUUGGGCUCUGCUUAUUUUUUCAGAGGCAUUCCUUUUCUACUGUAACCUCCAAACUCAGAAUUGAAAGAGAACUGAUCAAACACACCUUCCCAUUUCAUUUUCUUCACUAUGUAAAUAUUGUUUGUGUAAACAUUACAAAAAGGGAUCCAAAUAGUUCAAGUUUGAGUGUUUUUUCUCCCUAGGCAUGUGCUUCAAUGGCAGAUGUUUUUCCUGUUUGGAGAACGCCAUGACUGCUGCACUGCCUUCUCUGUGGGCUGCCUUGGCAUUCGAUCUUUCUAUGUUUCAAGAGUUGGGGUGUUUAUAGAUGCAAAGUUUUUAUAAGUGGCUUUAUCCCUCUUUCAGAAGGUUUGUAAAGAAGACCAAGGCGUACUGUUGUUAUAGAAGGAAGAAUGUUUACAGUCUCGAGUGUACACACUCUCUGUGUUAGUUGAAACGGGCGCCCUCUAAGAGCAGCCUAGUCUGUUGAUCUCUUGGGAUUACUAGAAUUUACCUUGCCAAAGGACUUGAGCAGAAGUCUUCUUUUUUUUCUUUUUGUUUUAGGUUAAAUCUGUAAGCUAUAUGCCUUUACUACUGAAAACAAAAUUAUAGGGUAUCGUAUUAAUUGGAAGUCAAUAAUAAUAAUAGAUUUAAUUCAUUAACUUUUUAAAAGAAUAUAUCCACUGUUGACUUUCCUCCUGUUUUUUCUGAGGCACUUUCCUUGCCAACCAGUUUUUAAACCACCAUAUUAUCUUCUUCUGCAAACAAGGGGUACCAUUGUUGCUUAACAGAAGAUAAUCUUUAAUAAAAGAAGCCCUCUGCUUCAAAGGCUUUUGAAAUAAUUGGAUCCCUUUUUGGAAAUGAAGAUGAAUUCGACUGUGGCCCAGUGGAAUAGAUGACACAAAGCAAGUGGUGAAGUUUGUCUGACUUCUUCAGUGGUCUUUUAGGGCUUGCUUUUAUUUUCUCUCCUUUUGUAUUAUUUCUUUUAAACAUAGUAAAUUUAUGAUUUUACAGCCAGAGUGGUGUUCUGUUUUUUCUAAGCUUUGAGAUACAGACACUGUUAUUUAAUCACAUUGAGGAUAAUUAUUUUCCAUGUGAAGUCAACCUUUUCAAAAUGAUUGAAGUACUUUUUGCUUUUGCUCCCCUAAAAAAUGGCUUGUGUCUAAAGUAACUAUUUUUUUUCUAUUUAGAAGAUUCUAAUGAAAGAUACCUGUGCAUGCAAACUCUUAAGGUUAUUGAAAACUAUUUCAUUACACCGGUAUCUCAAAUUGCAGUGUGGGGAAAACUUGGUCAGUGCCUUACCAAUUUGAAGACCAAUUUUAGGGCAUUGAGUAUGACAAUAAUCAUUUGCCCUCUUACUCCUUGUAUUCCAGGAGUGUGUGCUAUCCCUCUCUCCACCAGCUUACUCCUUCCCAUAGCAGGUCUCGGAAAGUCUGUGCAGACCCCUCCCUGCUCCUCUCCUUCCGGGAGGUUAAAAAUAAAUCCGCCCAAAUCAACCUUUAGAUGAGCACUCCUAAGAACAACUUUGAAGAGCAUCCAUCAAGCUAAGUUUAUUUUGUGGUGUUGAUGUUUUUCGUUGUUUUGUUUUUUUACUCAUAGACGUGAUUAUAAGGCCUUUCACAAAAAUCUCUAAAAGAAUAUGAUACAGCCAGAAAGAAUGUUUGGGUUUUAUUAAAGCAACUGAAAUCUUAUAAUGAGAGUCCCUUUGGCCAGAAAUGAGAUUUAGUUUGGUUCAUUCUUCUAUUUAAAUAAGACUCAGAACAAACUAGCACUCACUUAACCUACCAGUUACUGUUUACUUGAAAAUUUUAUGGCAGGAAACUGAAAACAACUCAAACAUAUAAAUUAAAAGGAAAUUAAGAGCCUGAACCAGCUUUCCCAGUAAAAGCAAAGCCUGGAAACAUUUUGCUUCUCUGGGAUUAUUGCAAGAUCUGGAACUACUGUUGUUCAACUGAGUCAAGAUGCUAGUUGCAACAUUUCUAAAGGGAUUGUCUCUCCCAGAGUAGCAGGUAGACAUAGCCACGUGAAGGGUUAUCUGGUCCUUGAGUGUUAGUUUUUAGCAGAAUUGAAAUUUUGGUUCUAGUCAUUUAGGCUGCAAAGUAGCGGAAUAUAUAAUUAUAGUGCUUUAGGAUUAAACUUUUUUGUUUAAUACACAAGCAGAAAAUUUCAUAAAUAUUAGCUGUGCUGUAGCUAUCGGUUAACAAAUAUUAAGUUUCCCCUGAAGAUAUCACCUGUUAGAACUGUUCACAAAUAUAGUCCAAUAAUUACUGACUUACUAGGUCUGACAGAGUAGCUGACAAGAAUCCACCAGACUCACACGAGUUUCUACACCUUGAGUAUUGACAGAUUCAUUGUUUCACAGCCUACUGAAGUGCGUACGUGUGGGGAGGGGAUGGGGAACUCGUUCAGGGUGUAAUGUAAAGGAGCUAACCGGCUGUGGGAUAAAUAUCCAGUGAUGACAAUGUACAGGAAAACACAAGCCAUUUUUAUUCUUUAUCCCAAUUAACUGAGGUCCUCUAAUGAUGAAGCACUCGAUUGCACUAUGACCUCCCUGAGUGAUGUGCAGCUCGGUUCCUCUCUCAUUUUUUGUUUCUGUUGAAUAUGCAAAUGUGAGUGUGAGAUCUUCCGUGUGUUUGCAUAAGCUAACUUAAAAUGAAUUUAAGUACAGUUUUCUGAAAUAUUUCUAUUGAAAUAAAUUACUUAAAAAUA